CGAGAAUGUUGUUGAGACAGAUCCACAUCUCAGAAUUUAGAUAAAGUUGAUUUUCUCCUUAUUUGUCCAUCUGAAAAUAGCCAUUUUUGGCUAUGUGUAACCUUCAAAGGAAGACAAUUCAGAAAAUUCACGCUUUGUAUCAGACAGCAGUGGACAUCACGCGUUGUUUGCCAUCAGUUAACGUCAGCAGAAGAAGAAGCGGGAAAACAGUAGGUGGCGUAACAUUUUAACGUUGUCUGCGCCAACCUUGAAAUAAAAUGAAGAAGAAAAAGAAAGAGAAGAAGAAAGAGAAGAAGAAAUAAAAGAAGAAGCGGGAAAGUUUUUGGAAACGACGACCGCAACGCCUGCGACAUGAGACUUGGAGAGGGAAGUAUCCUAAUAUUGUUUAGUUGUUCAACCAUGUAAUGUUGUGAAGUGAACAUAUUUAACUGUUGUGACAACGGCGUGGUCCUUCGGGAGGUUGCGGUAACGCUAAUGGCGUCUGCCCAUCAAGUAAUGUUAGUAUAAUGACCUUCACAAUUAGAUUCGACAGUGCAUAUUAAUUUGGGGGGCUUGACUUAAAAAUGUUUUAUAAUACUGCUGUAGGUAAAGUAACAAUCGACAAAGAAGGUCAGGGCUGCAUUUUAUUGGUAUAGUUGGCUAGUUGUAAUAAAUAAGAGAUGACAUCCAAAAGUGUUCAAUGAUUAACCAAUUUGCCCCGCCAUUUUGAAAGCAGCAGUACAUUUGCUUACUAGCUGGCAGUGGCCAGUAUGUUUUGUAUCAUGCUACUGAUGAUAUAAACUGCAUAUAUAUUGGAAAAUAAAGUAGGUAUGUGUGUACAAUUUUAAACAUUCAUUCAUUUAAAUGAAACCAGUAUUAUCAGACAGGUCUUGUUAAGACUAGUUACGUGAUAUAAGAAUAAUUUUGCUGGGAUACAUGUUUAAAAAGUUAUGAUUGUUUUAACCUGGUCAAAAUGCACUAAUUUAUGGUCAACCUCUUCAAUACAAAGUCAUUGGGGCUCAAGAUUUUAUUCAUGACCUUUUUUGUUCAAAAUGCCAUAACUUUCUUAAUAUGUACCCUAUUUUAAAAAGGUGCCAUCAAGCCCCCCGCAUCCCAAAAUAGAUACAAAUUAAAAUAAGAAUUAAACUGUCUGGGUUGAGAUUUUUUUACUAUAGCCAGAACGAUCAUAAACAAUCAUUUUGUUUACUUGUUUUUGACAGAAGUUAAAUAUGAUUCACCCAAAAAGUUAACAUCCAUAUGGAGUGACUCCAUAUAUGUAAUUACUUUCCAUUUAUAUUAUAGUUCCAUCCAUCCAUCUAUUUUCUACUGCUUUUCCCUUCUGUGUCGUGGGGGGUGCUGGAGCCUACACCAGCUGCGCUCGGGCGGAAGACGGGGAUGGACAAAAAGAAAAUGACAACAAAAAAGAGGUUUAGAGUUCCCACAAAGAAAAUGAAGGACCUGCAUAAUUCUCCUCCCCCAAAUGAGCAAUCUGGUUUACCAAAGAGGGAACCAUCGGUCCAUCACCCUACAGCGGCUAAUACAGCCAUACCAUCACCGUAUGGCCUCCACAUCAAUUGUCAAUUUCUCUAUGGGGGCCAUACAUCUAGCCUACCACCGUAUGGCCUCAACAUCAAAGGUCCAUCUCCCUACGAAGACCAUGCAUCCUGCCCAUCACUGCAUGACUUCAACACCGCUGGCCCAUCACCAAAUGUCUACAACACCUCUGGUCCUUCACCCGGCGUACACAAUCCACCUGACAAUAAAAACCCAGCUUUCCUGGCACCGGACAGGAGAGAUGCAGGCAACCCAUCUGUCGAGGACACUAUCUCAUAUCAACCGCAGGCAGAAAAAUCAUGGACGCCAUGUGAUGGAUGUAGGAAGGAGUUCGAAAAAAUCCUGCGAGAAAAGCAACGAAUCGAAGAAGUCCUCUUGAAAAUAGAUCCGGGCCAAGUCAGAGUACACCAAAGUCUCUGCGACCUGGAGACAAAUACAGCGAUGGCCCUCCUCAACAAUCGGGCCAGCAGGUGCUCUUUCCUGAGAGCGGCGUAUUCAUAUCAUCGUUCCGCCUUGCUGCCAUGAGUCAUGCUUCAAAGCCCAAUUGUAUGCGUUUAUUCCACGCACUUUUUGACCACUUUUUUACAGUUGAGGAGUGUCAAAAUGCUGUCCCUUUUGGUCGCCCUGGAAACAAACCUGCAGGAACAGGAAAGCGCAUCCUUGACCGGAAAAAAGUUGAAGGAAUCCUAACGUAUGUCCUGAGAUGCGGUACCCUUCCUGAUUGGGACAAUAUUGAGGAGGCCAAGCUCAAGAAAGCUUUGGUAAACAAAUGUCGGGCCAGAGCAGGUUUUAAGUAGGCCCUUGUACCUGCCAAGUUCAUUCUGGGGUAGGAUGUUUCCUUUGUAAACAUGUUAAUAUUUUGGUCUGGGGUUGCACAGUAAUUAAUUUAAAAAAAAAAAAAAAUUGCCGUAUGAUGUAGCUUUUAGUACCACGUUAUACUGUGACAAUGCAUAUUGAGCUGUGCUGUGUCUCGCAAAUUUGGCACGGACGCAACCUCACUAACAAGCUAGCGGCUAAUAUCCCUUCACAGUGCAAAGCUGUUUCCAAAUAAAACAAUAAUACAACUGGAAAUGACGCAGUAUGUUACUGCUUACAUAAUCAGGUAUAUUAGUAGUAAUAGUAAUUCAGUGCUUGUAUUUGAAUGGGCCCCAGACCCCUCUGUAGUGAAAAAGUUGGUUGGGCCCAGAGGUAAAAAAUGUUAAGUAUCCCUGGUUUUCAAUGUGUGAUUAUUUUUUGUAUCUAGACCUGUUCCAAACAGCCCGGUUCCAAUUUUAUAAAUGUAUUUCAGUUUUUGCUUGGAAUAUUUAAAAAAUGGAAAAUGUUGUCAUUUACUCACCAUCUUACUGAGAUGAAGUCAAGUGGGUUUUUUUUAACUACGGUACAUGGUUUGCUCAACAAGGAGUUAAAAAAACUACACCUGACUUUUUCACGUGUGGGGCGGUAUAGCUCGGUUGGUAGAGCGGCCGUGCCAGCAACUUGAGGGUUUCAGGUUCAAUUCCCGCUUCCGCCAUUCUAGUCACUGCCGUUGUGUCCUUGGGCAAGACACUUUACCCACCAGCUCCCAGUGCCACCCACACUGGUUUAAAUGUAACUUAGAUAUUGGGUUUCACUAUGUAAAGCGAUUUGAGUCAUUAGAGAAAAGCGCUAUAUAAAUAUAAUUCACUUCACAACAACAAAGUGAGUACUUGGGGUCAAAUUAAUUUAUAUUUGUAUUUGUUUUAUUUUUUGUAUAUUGUUUUCUAUGUUGUUUUAAUUAUUGUGAAUGUCAAUAUGUACAUUAUGUUUGUAAUAAUUAACUACAUUUAAAUUGUUGUAUUUAAUCUAUUUUUAUAUCUUAUGUUUUGUAUUUUUGU